GGUUAAGCAUAAAUCAUGGAUCUAUAUGGUGCACAUUAUCUAGCUAGCACACUUCUCUUGACCUCUCUCUCCUUCACGCCUCACAUCACAUGGAUGCACCUUUACAAAAUCAGUGUGAUCUAGAAUAAUCAAUUAUUUACACUAAUAAUUCAUUUCAUACAAAAUCAUCUUCCCCCAAUCAUGAAAAACCCAAAACCAAAUUUGCCUUUUGACUUGCACUUGCACUUGCACCUGUGUGUGUUGUUAUACACAUAAUGUUUACGUUGAAAAAUCAAUUCUUUAUUCUUUAUUUCAAUUUCUAUAUCACAACAUAUUAUUAUAUACAAAUUAGUACAACUCAGCACAAACAAGGUGGUAAAUCCAAAACUGUCCCUAUCAUAAGAACCUCCUCCAAGGUUGUUUUCUGUUUUUCUUUUCCUCCAACCAAAGAUUCAUCUUUUCAUGUUUUGGUUUUCUGGGUAAUACUUUGACCAACAACACUUCAAUUUGGUACAAGUCUUUUUCCUUCUUCCUUGUUUGAUUGCUCUUAACUCCAAUUUCGUGAUUAAGCAAGCUCUUUGUGUUUUUGGGUUUCUCUGUUAUCAAUUUUGAUAUUCAUAAAGUUUUUGUAUUCUUCAGGUUGUAUAAUUUCUAUAGUACCUUCUUGAUUGAUGUACUUUGUUUGUUUUCAGUGGAAUUAAAUGAUAUAGAAGUUAAGAUUGUUGUGUAUUUCAUAGUUUCCUAGCAGAUCAACAGUGAUCACUAUUGAAUUCACAAUUUUGCAUAGUGUAAAUGUUGUAUUAAUUUGUACAUCAAAUAGAGUAGUACUAUUGUGAAAUUUUUGUUUGCACUUCAACUUGAACAUUUGAAGUUGAUAUCUAUAUCUGUAAAAGCAAAUCAUUACCUUCAGGAAUUUGGCAUUUGGCGAAAACCAAUAUUCAUAUAUUGGUUUUCAGAAAGUGCUUAGUAUAUUGCCGGGGUCCAGCGCAAGUGGUUGGUGUGCAGUGUGUCCGAGUGUUGUAAACCUGGUAUAUCAAGUUUGAUUCCUGCUCGUAGAAAAGAAAGCACUUAGUAUUCCUAGGUUGUAGGCACAAUGUCAUUUAUCUGUGGCUUGCCUCUUGUUGAGUGUGUGUAUUGUCUAGCUUGCACUCGUUGGGCAUGGAAAAGAUGUCUCCAUUCGGCAGGCCAUGACAGUGAAACUUGGGGCUUUUCUACAAUAGAAGAAUUUGAGCCAGUCCCACGUCUUUGUCGCUAUAUUUUAUCUGUGUAUGAAGAUGAUCUUCGCAACCCUCUUUGGGAACCUCCUGGUGGCUAUGGAAUCAACCCUGAUAUGUUAUUACUUAGAAAAACAUAUAAAGAUACACUUGGCCGGGCUCCGCCUUAUAUAUUGUAUCUUGAUCAUGAUCAUGCUGAUAUAGUUCUUGCUAUAAGGGGACUAAAUUUAGCAAAGGAGAGUGACUAUGCUGUUCUGCUUGAUAAUAAAUUGGGGAAGAGAAAGUUUGAUGGAGGUUAUGUUCACAAUGGGUUGUUAAAGGCGGCUGGUUGGGUUAUGGAUUCUGAGUGUGAAAUUUUGAGGGAAUUGGUAGAGAAAUAUCCAAAUUAUACUCUUACUUUUGCUGGACAUUCCCUUGGAUCGGGAGUAGCUGCAAUGUUGAGCAUGGUGGUUGUGCAGCAUCGAGAUAGACUUGGAAAUAUUGAAAGGAAGAGAGUCAGGUGCUAUGCUAUCGCGCCUGCUAGGUGUAUGUCACUUAAUUUGGCUGUCAGAUAUGCGGAUGUCAUAAACUCCGUUGUGCUUCAGGACGACUUCUUACCAAGAACAGCCACUCCGUUGGAAGAUAUAUUCAAGUCUCUUUUCUGUUUGCCAUGCUUAUUGUGCUUGAGGUGCAUGAGGGAUACAUGCAUACCAGAGGAGAGGAUGCUGAAAGAUCCAAGGAGACUUUAUGCACCUGGUCGCCUUUAUCACAUUGUUGAGAGAAAGCCUUUCAGAUGUGGAAGGUUUCCUCCAGUUGUGAGAACAGCAGUGCCCGUAGAUGGAAGGUUUGAGCAUAUAGUUCUUUCUUGCAAUGCUACAUCAGAUCAUGCCAUUAUUUGGAUAGAGAAAGAAGCCCAAAGGGCUUUGAAUUUGAUGCUUGAGAAAGAUAAUACCAUGGAAGUACCUGCAAAGCAAAUCAUGGAGCGUCAAGAAACAAUGACAAGACACAGCCAAGAAUACAGAGCAGCAUUACAAAGAGCAAAAACGUUAGACGUUCCACAUGCUUAUGCACCACCAUCAGAAUAUGGAACUUUUGAUGAGGAGGGAGAGGAGAGUUCAAGGUCAGAAGCCGAGUCUUCUGUUAGUUCAACUACAAGGAGUAAGGCGGCCGAAAGCUGGGAUGUAUUGAUCGAGCGCCUUUUUGAUAAGGAUGAGCAUGGUCACAUGGUGUUCAAGAGAUGAUGAUCAUGUAAUUUGUGUGUACUUAUGAAUUAUUUACUGUCAUGAAAACUAAAGUUCAUUCAUUCUUUUGUAAUUUUUGGUGUUCAGUUUAGCUAGCUAGAAGAGGGAAUAACAUGGAGAGCGAAGAUUUGUAAGUUUCUUACUUUAGAAAUUGUUGGGAAUCACUUCUCUUACAAUUUCUCUGUUCUGUUUAUAUUAGUUAUGUUGUAGUAUUAGUUAUGUUGGGAAUCAAA